UUACCCCGCCCAGUCAUUAGGCGGUCUGGCUGCUGUAUGCGGUGUGCUGCUGGGUCCGAGUCUCGCGUACACAGACAGGCCGAGUCAAGAUCUCAAUUAGCAUGCGCGGUGGCUUCAUUGGGAUCGACGGAGUCAUCGCAACAUAACGUGCACCUUGACGAUGUUGUGUUGUUUCGAGGUCUCUCUCGAAGUUGGACCUGCCAUGCCGAAUGGGCCACCGUCCAUAACAGAGUUUAGCACGAGAGACUAGAAUUUUAUUGGAGGAGAGUGAAACAGGCUCGUCUCUCGCGGUCUCUUUGUUUAUUCGCAGUGGUUGCCCAUUGACGUGCGAGAGACAAGACGGCCGUGACAGGCCCCAGGCACCUUUAUCGAUCAGCCAAGCUGCUGAAUCUGGUCAUGAUCUGGCCUGGCCAACUUCCCGUCACACGAAAGUUUACAAAUACCCAGCGAGUCACCAGAAACGCACUGUCGUCAGAGUUCAGUGAUGGCUUCACUGGCGGGGUAUAAGACCCAGACGGAGCACUGACUCAGCCGACUGCCGUAGAUGGAUGGACACCAAAGUGCACCGAAACCCACACACACGCAACUGUAUAACGGUACGAUAACUGUGCCGUCCAGUAUUAGAUCGGUACGGACCACCCAGCCACCAUGGACAACGACAGCACGAACGACGAAAUUGCAGACCGAAGCUGGUCGGAUUACGGGGAAUACAACCCUCUUCACGGGGCUGAAGGUAGGGCAAUAGUCAUUCUCUGCUUUUCCGUCACCUGCCUGCUAGGCAUCUGCGGAAACGGCAUGAUCUGUGUUGUGCUGAUUCAACGGCCCAAAAUGCGCACUGUGAUCAAUCUCUUCAUCGGCAACCUGGCCCUGUCCGACCUGGUGCUGUGCAGUUUCGGGGCCCCGUUGAUGCUCAGCUCUAUCCUGAUUCCAGAAUGGCUACUGGGCUUGGUGCUGUGCCGCGUUUUCAGCAUGAUCACCGGCUGCAUGGUGUUCGUGUCCUCCCUGACAUUCACCGCAGUCGCGAUAGACCGCUUCUGCCUGGUUGUCUACCCGUUCAUUCGGCCGAUCACCCGAUCGACGUGUAUCAUCUCCAUCGUGGUCAUAUGGAUAGCUUCGAUCGGCAUGACCUUACCCAUCGGUGUGCAUGCCGACGUGAUUGACUUUUCAUAUCUCCCAAACGGCUCCUAUACCGGCAUUUACUGUAUGGAGAAUUGGCCGGACGUGGACGAUCGCAAGAGGUAUAGCAUCGUGAUCUUCCUUCUGGAGUUCAUCUUCCCCUUACUCUUGGUGACUGCAGCACACAUGAGCAUAGCCAUUAAGCUCAAGAGAAACGUUAAGCCGGGAGCUAGGAGGCGGGAGAAUGACCCACAGGAAAACCAGAGGCGGCGACGAACAAACCGGAUGCUCUCGGCGGUGGUGGCGGUGUUUGCCAUCUGCUGGUUUCCCUUCUGUGUGUAUGCUGUGCUGGGGGAACUCAACUUGGGGACCGAUCUCCUCGAUCCCAUCGUCUUUGUGGUCUUUUACUUUUUAGCGAUAUCCAGCACUUGGCUGAACCCCAUGUUGUAUGCGUGGCUCAACGAUAACUUCCGGAAGGAGUUCCACCGGCUCUUGCCCUGCUUACCCUGCCUCGGAGAAACGCGGAACGUCGGCUGCGUCAAAGCGGAGAAGCCCGGAGCGUCCACCACCAAUUUUUUGCACGACCGACGUCCACAGUCCAGCAUGGCAACUUAUCUCCAGCCGAGCUCUGUCGAGAAGAGCUCUUCCGGAAAAAGUGGGACGCAUGACACGUCAAUGUGACUGUUUGGUGAAAAAAACAAACAAACAUAAGGCGCGAACAAAAAGCAAAGACUGAAGCGUCAGCACGUGGCAAGUUCAGGUCAUCAGAGCUGACGUGAAGCGAAGCCCGCCGUAAAUCAAUUACUGUAAAACUAUACAUGAAAGGUGCACACCUUGCUUGGCACAGCAGACGCUCUCAUCCCGGCUGUUUGGCUCAACAGGUAAGGCUCUCGAGAAGACGACAGACCGUAUUUUGUUCCUGAUAAAAAUUCUGAGAUGGUCUGGAAUCUUCAGCAGGGAGGUUGUGCAAUUUUCAAGGAGUACACAGAAGCGGCGAACCCUUUUAAGGCCCAAAUUGGCAGGCCGUCGACGACCUGUCUGUAGACGUGGUGAUAUUUCGCAGACGAGGCUGUCAAGGGUGGCUGGCCCACUUAAAUCCCUAUCUCGGCCUUUGCGAUCAUCUGUAGCCGUAAUCUAUUAAAGUAGGUAGAUGGGGGUAUCCUAUUUAAAUGGGUGUCAUUUACGUUAUUUUAUCAUAUCUCCACACACAAUAUCUCUGCUAUUUGUUGAUUCAUGGUUUAAAACGUUGCCCUGUUCUUAACACGGUCCGUCUGGUGUCGCCAUAUGAGUUGCAACUCCAGCUGAACUACCACUUGCGCAGCUCCUUGGCAAAUGACAACCGAGGGCAUUGCGAAUUAGAAACGUAGAAACCUGCUGACAAUAUCGCGAAUUGUAGAAGUGAUAGUCGCCAAUGAUUUCAGAUUCUUCAAUUAACUAUUAUUUCUUAUCCAAGCCUAUCUCAAGGCAGAUGUUUGGGGAUUGCAAUCUGCAAAUUAUGAAUCGACAUCGAUGAGAUUAUGUUAAAGUCCCUUAGCCUGGAGAAACCAUUUCACAUGUGCGCAAUGUCGUGCUCCGCACUGCAUCGAUUCUCCCGCUUCCCCCACCCUAUUCCCCGCUUACUGCUCUCUCUAGUCGGCCUGUUUUUAAUAUUCUGGCAUUUUGUUUUCUCAUUAGACACUUAGCAAACCGCUAAGUUGCGAUGUAACUGGGAGUACAAAUGCAGCUUGGAGUAUCAUACUGCGCCAGUGAAGAGGCACAAAAACAAUAAUGAUAUUCCAUCUCGCUUUUGCUUUUGACUCAAGACCUUUGCCUUGGUAUUGGUAAUGUCGUUGGGUGCAAUUCUGUAUAAUAAAGUGUCUGUCAUCGAGAGACAAUUGUUCCAAAUUUACCUAGUUUAAGACCGUUGAACUGUAACUGACGACUUUUGCUGUCCACUGGGAUGAAAUGGUGGUGAAGUUUAAUGUAUACAUGUAUAACGUUGUUCGCGACAACGUUCACUGAGGAAUUGCGCGCAGCUAGCUCUACUUGAGCGUACAUCGCAUGUGGUUCUCGUGCUGGAUGUGGGCUCUCCGUGUUUAAUUUCCCGCAAGGCAAGUGGCAGAUAUGUCCCCCGUGCUCCAUGCUGCGCCGUGGGCGUAUCAAUCACCAAAACGAUAGCUCGUGUGACACGUCAGAGCCGUGGAUCAUACAGCUAGCUAUGUAAAACUAUCUCCCAUUGGAACACAGGAAGACGAGAUAAUUACACUCUGAUGGGCUGUACGAACUAUGAAAGCAAGGUUUAAAAAGAGUAAUAUAAUUGCUAAUAAUGCUUUGCACUGGAAACUCUCCACAGAAGGAAAAAAGCACCCUCUUUAUAUUCAGCAGCACAACCUCUCAGAAAAUUUGAAGAGACCCCCGGCCAGGUCCCCAGCGCCGUAAAUUUACUUCAAGGCGACAGCUUUUAGGCCUUAUCCUGCUCGUACUAACACGUCAUCACCGUUUUGUCGUUCCUGAAGAUGAGGAAUCAACCACACGCACAGAAUGUCACUCGGACAAACAAAAGUUGGCUCCUCAAUCCGAUGGAAAUUGGCCUUGACGGUGCAAUACCGGUUAAUACCGAGGGCACUCAUCAUCCAAGCCGCCGCAUCAUGCCCGCUGGCCUGAAAGAAGACAAGAUUUAAACAUUAACGGUCGGCAAAAGCUCACGGUUUACCCUUGGUGCGACGACUGUCAGUCGAGCACCUGAACAUCUGUCGUGACAAACAGGCUAAUUUGUCAGUACAGUUAAUGGGAGAGUAGGCAUACAGCUACACGUAAACAAGCAACUCCGAUCAGAUCUAAUGCUUUUGCCGGAAAGGUACACUAGAACAAACUAAGCUGACGCCAAUUAUUGUUACGUAAAUAUUUUACCGAUCAUCAUAUACGGACGGUGAUAUCUCGCAAUGGGGUUUCGUUGGUGUGUAACUAAUUGUGGAAUCAAGUGUCUGUGCUUAAUGAGUCGUAUGCUUUCACCAACUAGGCAGUAUUAAAGGUAUGGAAACAGUUUGCAUGGUCGAUUACUAAAAAACGAUUACCAGAAAAAUAUAAACUGUGUUUUUACGUGAUUCGUUAGAUGAUAGCGCAUCUAUAGAACACCUAGAAUCAAAGUGCUUACAACUGCUUACGUUUUGAAAAGAACCAUCGCAAAGCAAUGACAAGCGCAAUAAAAGGGUGUGACUAUAAUAACACGUUAUCACAAAGUUAGACGGUGAAAGUGCAGGCACAGGUGUUCUGGGGAUCCAAUUAAGAACUGCUUUAUUAUAAUGAUUCUAAUGACAUUUCUUGAUGGUGUCCUCAGACAUUUUCAUCGGGCCGACUACACGUUGAGGGGGAAAACGAUGAAUUCAGACACAGCCGCGCGUACACUGUGCGUGUUAUUAAAAGAACCGCGUUGCAAUUUGUAGACACAAUAACCCUGGGCGCAAAGUGCGCGCAUCUUGCCGAGCAAAGGGGAGUGCGGUUUAGUAUCUCGAUCCGUCUGCAUUCGCCGGCCCCAAAAUACGAAAACAGCGCCGAGUGCCGCUUCAAACAAAACACAAGGAGUGCGAGAAGGGGAGGAUUGCCCGAGGCAUAAUCCCAAAUGUCAUCCCACGUUUUUAUCCGAAAUACUCCCCACCCCACCCACCGUGAAAAAAGACAUACAUUUGAUCUGUCCUGUUUCCGACGUCAGUUUUUUGUCUGUCACGGUGUUACGGAAGCGUGAAAGUCCAUUAAAUACUGGAGGCUGACGUCGACGCGGCAAGCGAGCCGCGGUGGACGUAAAUAAUUAAUUCACCCUUAUCAAUAGAUCAAGCCACGACAUCAACGAGCCCUCUGAUCAUUUAGGUACAACCCUUUCGACGGGGAAAACAAAUAUCCCGUACAAAAGCAGCUUGUAGGAAUUAACCUUUUUUGACGGGUACAACAUUUACUAAGAACAGGAAAUACCUUUCGUGUGGUUCUGACCCUAUGAAGCAAAUAUAGCAGUUUUUGCUGCUGAAGGAAUAAACGCCCGAGCCCUUUGUUUUGAGAAGCUUGAUUGAACAGCUGCUUGAUAUGGCGCAGAUUUCCAGUUGCUUGUAAUCCACAUGUGGCCUUGCAUUUUAGCAACUCGUCCACUAGAAAGAACAGGAUGCACAAUUAAUUAAAUGCAUAAUUAACGAAUUACUUCAUUACUGGGUGAUUUCUUUUUAAAGUUUUUAUUUGACACUCCCACGCACAUUAAAAAAAAUAAUGAAAACCUGAAACCACUGACUUUGGCUAUAAUAAAUGUUUAAGCGGACUGCGUAAUUGAAUAAUGCCACGAUAUGCAUUGGACACUUACCCCUUCAGUGUAAUAAUAAAUAUAUCUUUAUAUUACUAUAAACAGUCACUUUCGAACGUCUCCAAACAAGUGGCGAAAAAGUGUUUAGAAUUUGGUGUUCAUUCACGAAACAUUUUUACAGUGUUUCUUGAUAUGAUGUACAUAUACCUUUCCAAUUAGAAGCUAAAAUGCUGAUAACACCUCAUCAGGUCAACCCAUUCCCGUCGGUUUGAAGACGACCUCUCAGAGGGGUUGGGAGGUUUGAAGAAAAAAACCCUAGCCACUGAAGACAAAUUCAAUUUAAAAACAAAAACAAGCAAACCGGCUGUCGCCCACUUUCCACACUUAGGGGCGAACGGCUCGUUCGGCAGUUUCUAGAACGGCCGACUACCUUUGACAAAGUGGGGCAGAAAGAAGAAGACAGACGCGAGAUUGUUUAUAUUUCGACAGAAAGGGGAAAUGAGGUUUUUACACUUCAGUGUUCGAGACAGCCAAGCAAACACACAUGUACUGACAACUACCGGGAGCUGGGUGCUUCGGACGAUGUCGGCGUGAGAAUGUAUCAGAGGCAUUCAUUACUCUGUUGUACGGUCAUGUCACUCUGAAUAUACAUAUCAAUGAACAGCAAACCUGAUAUUAGUAUUAGCUUCAAAUCGGAUUCCUAUCGAAACAGAACUGGUCGCAGUUAUUUGAGUUACACCACAGAGUAGAUUUCUACGAAGGCCGGGAUGUAGUGACGCGGAGGGAGGGACAGGGAUGCCAGCUCCUCAAGAAAAAUAGGGGGUAGGGAAACACUGGGAAAGAAACAAGAAAGAAGGAGUGGUGAAAACCACCACGUGACGUGAAAAUAUCUUCAUACUGACCAUUGAUUGGUUUGUCAGUUUGCCGCUUAUGUUUAUUCCACGGUGAUGCACAUAUACAGUGGAGACCGGAACGGAUUGACGUUUUUUCUUGUCUUUCCGGUACAGCGUUUUUGCCAUGUGACUCCAGAAAGUCACAGUUUCUGCGGUCACGCAUCCCUGUUCACGGGGCUCGACUCGACUGAGGGUCUGGCGUCCCUCUCGGAGGAGCCAUUAGGGUGAAACGUAAUGUCACUUUCGCUUACCGUGCCCGUGAGAGGUUAACCGUUUCGAAAGUGAUGCACUUUAAAAAGGGUUAUUAAGAAACGCCAGCCAAUGUUGUUUUAGCAGACAGUUGGCGUGUACAUGUAGUUACCGCAGGUGUUGUUCAUUCGAGUGAGACUUGAACAACAUUCGAUAAUGUCCCAAGAGCAUAUUAUUUGAUGUUUAUCCAACUGUGAACAAAAAAACGACUUGUAAAAGAGGUAUAGGCCUAGUCGCGUCGCCACUUUACCCUUUCACGAACGACCGUUGCACGAUAAAAAGAAACUAAUUGCCCUUAAGUCUUUAUCGUUUAAUAUCCAAGCAUACACUUUCCAAGGGCGGAUCCAAACGCAGGGGGGGGUUUCAAAGUGUUUUUUGAGGACCAACAAAUUAUGUAAUUUCUUGAUAUAACCGUCCCUGCCGAGAGGUGAUGAGGCUAAAUUAUGGUACUUUUUACACGCUGUUGGAAGGGAAACAAACCCACCCGAAGUCGGUUUUUUUUUCUUCAUUUUUUUAAACCCCAAAACAAAAAACUCCUUUGGGGACAGGGGAUCUGUGUCUCCAUUGUCCCCCACCCGCCGGGGAAGAUAUCCUAAUUUCUUUUAAUCCAUCUUUUGCAUUGUAUACUGAGUUUGGGAUGAGAUGAGAUAUACUUUGAGCAGGUCUAGAAUUGAACGAUGGUCAUGCAGUCCAUAGAUGCAGCAGCGCGAUGUAGAAGCGCGCCCGAAGCAGUUUUUGUCAGUUCCUCCCUCUUCCGUUUAAUCAGAUUCUCCGGAUCGGUAAUGCAAGACGGGUCAAUAUAUUGGGCAGGCCAGAGCACACCACACUCUCGACAUAGCAAGUGCCUAAUGAAAUCUGAAGUACUAAUGUGGCGAAUUAAACUGUCUCCCGUGUUGGCCGUAGCGACCCGUGCACGCUUGUGUAUUCCUUCAUGCGUAUACCCUAGAAAGACUGGUGAUGCGCCGGUUGGCGUUACAUGCCGGCCCGGAGCAGUUAUUAAGGAAAACCUGUAGUAUCGCCAGUGGCAGUCUAGUCACUUAGCCUAUUCCUGCGCGCUGUCUCUGAAAAUAGCAAGCGCUUGGCCGCGCACCAUUACUCUCGUUUGGACUCCGCUUGUUAAACGCCCGGGCCAGAUUCAUCCGCAGCGCGCAAACGGGCUGAUCUGACGACGGUGCGACACUGAAGGGCUCUCACAGCCCAAAGAACUAUAAACAAGCCCUUGUAAUUGAAGGGAAUUGGAAAUCCAUGUGGAUCUUCCCAGUUUAUGCGCAGUUCCAAAAUUGCAAAUUGAAUUUGCACAGUGAUUGCUUAUAUACCAUCAAAGCCGCGACACUAAUGGCCAGCCAAGUUCUGCCGGACGAGGAGGCUCACUGCACUUUUUCCCCUCGUUAAAAAGUACGGCUCCGACGCUGGGAAAAAAAAUCGGUAGUCCAGAAACGGGCGUAAUUGUAAGAUAAUGGACAAUCAAUACAAGGCAGGGGCUACAAUUAACCUGUCCAUGAAGUGAACCAAAAGUCCAGUUGUCACUUUGAUGGAUCGUGUCGUUUAAUAAUGACAACCACGCAACUCCAAAUGUAUUAUAACGGACGGACAUGACUCGACUAGACGAUACGCAGAAUUCUAUGCUUUGCUACGGUACAUCUUUAGUAAUCGUACCCAGAUGCUUUUGCCGGUUUGUGCCGUUUUCCUGUGUGUUUUGCCCGAUUCAACACUAUACUAUGAAGACAGCAGACGACAAGACAAGUCGAUUUGGGGAUACUUUUGGAGCACGUUAUUCAAUACUUUUAUCGUCUUAUUUUAACAUCCUGGCUUUGCGUUUUGGAGACAUUUUUCACCGUCCCAGACUUUGCACUUAUACAACCAAUAUUGCCAACCCUGUUUCGCAUGCGUCAGCAUUCUUUUUUUUUUUAUUUUCAAAAUGCCGCUCUCAGCAAAAUAAUAGGGCCUAAUGACGUGAGUUCGAAGAAGUUCCGUGGAAUACACGGCUGUUGAUGACAUUUCGACCUACGCAAAAUCGGCAUUUUUUUUGGUAAGAGAAGGCUAUGUCAGAUCAUACCUCCAUCUGUUAACAAUUAUAUCCGUAUUUGAAAUGGGAAUAUAUCUGGCUAAAUUUGUCAUGGUUACGUGGUGUACGUAUUACUUUCCGAACCAAUCUCAUUCUCGUUAAAAACUGUCAGGGGACGUCCAUGAUCAAGAAUUACCCAUUGGAGCUCAAUGAGGUUAAUAUAUGACUUGCCUCUAUUGCAUUAUCUUCCUUCCGACUUAUCUUAAGUCGUUAACAAUAUUUGGAUCAAUUCUGGGUGACCGACUUUCAAUGCUAUACGUCUGACUCCUGAAUGAGGCGAACGAAAUGACCAUAUACAACCCCGCACAGAGACCUAACGCGCCGUGUACAAGUUUACGGAAGGGCAAGGAAUGGGAGAUAUGUAACCAAUGGUGGAUUGGGUUGGAAGGAAGGGAAGGAGCUGUAAUUUUGGUCUGGAUCUGCCUUCCUACAAAAUAUAUCUUUUUUUUUUGGAAGUGUAAUUAAAUUUGACUUAUGUUACAAUUCUACCGUGCGACUUUCAAUCGGGAGAAAUGUCGGACGUGUUCUGAGAAGCGCUCGAUUGAGAAUGGCAUGUUCAAAAUCUGCGUUGAAAUCUAUAUUGCGGACAAAAUGACCCGAGACGAUGACAAAAUAAGACAGACACGGUGACAGCUAGUCGCAACGAUGACGGCCACUGAUGAAUGGAGGGCAAAUACCACAUUCCACGCGCCAAAUUAGAGUUAAUUGGAAGUCAUCUCACUGAUGUUAUAAUGCGCCACACUUCAGUUCCCCGGGCAAUGAUGCCGUUUUACAGACAGAUAACCAAUUUCCAGACAGACCUCCACUGACUAAUCAGUUCUUCGUUCACAUCUUUGAAUUCGUAUUGUGCCCCGGUCCCGACGAAAUCUGCCGUCGGGUCGGGCACGCUCUGCGUCGCGCUGCCACGGUCGUUAGAAUUAAAGACACUUUACUGCCGUUAGCGCGGAAGCAAAACGUGACUCCUUUAUACUUGUCCUUGUGAAACAUUCGAAAGCCUUCGCUCAUGUUUUCACUUAUUAAGCCAGUCCUAUCUAGGGCACUUAACGUUCAACUUGAUCGUAUCGCGCUCCUAGUAAAAAGAAUGUCAUGGGUCAUCAGUAAACCUUUAACCAAAGAAGAAGAAGAAAACGAAAUCUGAGGCAGGUUCCUCCCAAAGACAUUUUCUAUGACACCACCCUGGAAGUCAUAUUUGUUAUAUACAAAGGUAUGUGAUUUCCGUCGUGACGUUUGCUGUCGAAGCAGCCGUAUAAUUCCGCAUAAUUGCAAAGUAUACGAAAUCGAGCAUACCAUUCUCGAGGAAUUUGUUGUCUUUCCUAUUGACAAAGUUUCACCAAUUGCCAAGCAUUGUGCGAAUUGUGUUAUGACAAUAACAACCAUCUCCCUUGCUCGAUUUGAAUGAAAUUUUGCAGAUGUUGCCCGCGUUGACUUGCACCCCCCCCCAAAAAAAAGAGAGAAAAAUUCCCUCUGUAUGCAUCUUAGACCCAAAGGAGGCAAAACCCGCCUCGGAAAAGUCCAAGCUCUUCUGUUUAAGGAUUGUGUCUAUAUCAAUCUCAUUCAUUUGCACGUUCCCGGAACCCUUCUUUCAACCUUAUUCUAAAUUGAAGGCCUUGAUCAGGCAUUUGUAUAUAAUACAUGUACAUACCUGCCCCCACAGACGGUGAGCGUUUUAAACCGCAUCUAUAUUAAGUACGGUAGUCGAAACCCGACCUGUUAUUACAUGCACAUGAGACCGCCGUCGGACGGACAAAUGACGCAUUAUGACAAAGACAUGCAACAAUCAAUCAGUAUGUGGGAUGCCAGAUAGGGAGACAAUCUGUUCCUAUGGUGACGCCGCGGUCGUCAUGAUUCCCGAUCCCUCUUAUGGACGGCAACGGUUUCUCACUGCAACACCAAACCACGAGUCGAGUCGAAGUUUCUAGGGACUAUACAUUGCGAGGGUAUACGUCUUGCGCCCGACUUCUUCAAUUAAAUACGUGGCCAAAAAAACCUUGAAAGCCAAAGCUAUAAAAGAAAGUCAUAUAGUGUACCCUUCAUCCUGUCAGACACGGGUGGGUCAGCGGAGGGGCCAGGGGGGAAGUCCCCUCCCCCUGAAAAGGGGCAACUUUCUGGUUUUAAAAUGUAGAGCAAAAAGUGAUUGAGAAGGUGUAUUUUCAUUUCUGUGUUUCCCGAAGCGUGUAAAAACCCUACGUGAAUUAGCCACAACCCUCAGAGAGAGAGAGAGAGAGCAUAGAAAGUGGCGUAAAGAAAUUCCUAAUUUUUUUGUACCCCCUGCCGAAAGUCUGGUUACAGAUUUACCUUUGGUAUAGCCGGUAGUGUACACGAUAAUUACUUUACCACGGCACAUAUAAACGCACAUUUUAGAAACUUUGUCAAUGUUUUUGGAAACCUGUAUUAUCAUACAUGUCAAUGGAGAAGAGCCGUAUAGACUGAAACCCAACUCUAACCUGCCGGAUGGGCCGGUACUCAUGCUGGGUCGCGUGACACACAUUAACCUGACCUUUUCAGAACACCUGUAAACAGUGGUGGUGUUUGAUUAAGCAUGAUAGGCUCUGGUCCAAGUCAUUUAUAGCCGACCAUGUCACAAGCGAUUAGUCUGUCGAUGGGGCCAAAGUGCGCUCAUUUCCUCGGUUCAAUCGCCUGGUCGAUUUACUAACAUAUACGCAGAUGUGCUUACACGCAUUCCCCACGGGAACGCAUCAGUGUCCUUGGCAUGACCCUGACAACGCCGUCGCCGUUGGCGCCCGUUGCAUUCAAACGGUCUGCGAGCCACGUGGGCAAGUUUCAAACUUCAUUUUCCGUGUGGUCGUAACAAAAACUGACAG